AUGGAGAUUCCAAAGGAUGCGUCGCGCCUCCUCCUGCACCCACUGGACGCCCAGCGGCAGCAAAGGCUUGCCUUCGCCUUGGGGCACAAGGAGUGGGAGCAAGAGGAGUUUGAUAGGCAGGGCAGGCUGGAGAUGUUGUGGUACCAACAAGCGCGCCGGGCAGCGUGGGCGCAGGCGAGCGCGGCUGCGGUGAGUGACAUGCUAGCGGUGUGGGAGUCCGUGGGCCUCGCGGUGCGUGACCGGCUCACCUCUCUGCAGCCUGAGGGGUACCAGACCUUCGCGUUUCCUGACGGCACGGCCAUCUACGAGGGCCACUGGAAGAACUGCCAUCCGCACGGGAAAGGUUGCUUGCGACGCUCGCAGCCCAUGAACGAUUUGUACGAGGGGCAGUGGUUCGCCGGCCAACGCUGCGGCACCGGCACAUACCACAGUGCUGAGUACAAGCUCCUCUACCAAGGCUCUUGGCUCGAUGACAAGCUGCACGGCAAAGGGGAGCUGGUUGAGCCGGAGGGCGUGUACACCGGCGAGUUUGUCGAGAACACCCUUCACGGUUACGGCGAGUACGUGUACAACGACGGGCACGUGUACAAGGGGGACUGGGUGAGCGGCUUGUACGAAGGCAACGGCACCUACCUCUACCCGAGCGGCACCAAGUACGAGGGUGGAUGGCUGCGGGGGCGCGAGCAUGGGCGAGGCACGAAGUGGUUUAGAAACGGUGACGUGUACAUCGGCGAAUGGAUGCAUGGCAUGCCGCACGGCCAUGGGAGCUUCACCAGCGCCUGCAGCACUGCGGCUCGCGUGACGGGGCAGUGGGGGUACGGCUCUCUGCAUGGCGUGGCGACCUGCGUCUUCGCCGACGGCAGCCACUACGUUGGCGAGUGGCAGCGAGGUCGUUUUCAUGGACGUGGCACGUACGAAGUGCCGUGCGCGAACGGCGAGUUGAAGCGGUACACUGGAGCCUACGCGAACGGAAAGCGUCACGGCCACGGCGAGUACGCAUCUUCCACUGUAUCAUACACGGGGGAAUGGGUGGACGACAAGAAGGAUGGCGAGGGCUCGCUGCAGGUGCGCGGGGGCGGGACGUACCACGGACGAUGGAAGGCCGAUGUGCCGGAGGGCGACGGGGUGUACGUGUCAACGUACCGCAAAGGCCACCAUGACGAGAUACACUGCGAGGCGAGGGAUGGCACCUUCACCGCGUGCGUUGACCAAGGCGUACAGCAGCGCGUUGACAUGCGCCUGCUCGGUCGAUGA